UGGCAGAUGCGAUCCAAGACUUAACCUUAAUUUUGAUCGUUGUUCCCGUAGAGUGCACGAUUCCCCUCAUCAUCAUAAACAUUGAACAACUUACGCCUAUAUCUAAAUCGUUUCUUAUUUCUAUUUAUUUUAAGAUUUAAAACCAUAAAUUAUUACCAUGUCUAUAGCGUCAAAGCCCGGUGCCGGUGGUGAAAAUAUGAUGGAAAUUGACAUCACAAAGCUAAACUUGCAACAAUUGUCGCAGUUGAAACAGCGUUUAGAGCAGGAGUUACAAAUGUAUCAGAGCUCACUCCAGUCCUUGAAGGUGGCACAAACACGCUAUCAGAAUUCAAAGGAGAGCAUAGAGAAGAUCACGCCAGACUGUAAAGGAAAAGAAAUCUUGGUUCCUCUCACAGGAUCUAUAUAUGUUCCCGGAAAAAUUGCUGACGCUGGUUCUGUUAUCAUCGACAUUGGUACAGGAUACUAUGUGCAGAAGGAUUUAGAUUCAGCUAAAGACUAUAUGAAAAGAAGAGUAGGAUUUGUUACUGAACAAAUGGAGAAAAUUCAAGCAAUGGGUCAAGAAAAAAGCAUGAUCAAAGAUGCUGUGAUGGAAGUUAUGGAGGGGAAAAUCCAGCAAGAAAUUGGUCUGCAGAAGGCAGCACUUGCAAGAGCCGCAGCUGCAGGGAAGACCUGAAUGUGUUUUAAACAGUUUAUGAAUAUGCUUAAAAGACUUGUGGUACAUGUAUUACAUUGGAAUUGAACGUGGUUUUUUGGCCCAUGUUACUUUGUCAUAUGUCCAGUAUUUAUUUUAUGCAAGACCACUUCUGACAUUCACCAGUAACUCAAUGUACUAAUUUUAAUUUUCAUUCAUUCUUCUAAUUGAAUUGUUAUACACUAAUAAUAUUUGCAAAAUCCGUUAACUAUGUUUUUGUUUGCUUUCCGACCUCCUGUCAUGCAUUCAAUGCCCACUUUUUUGUAACAAUAAAUUUAAACAAAGUUAAA